CUUUCCCCGUCCUCGGCGGGCAGGAAACCCUCAGGGCACGUUUGCCCUGCUCUCCCCAGCCUCACUCAGUCCACCUCGUUUCCCUCCUCUGCAAUCUUAAAUCACACUUUAGGGUAAAUAAAUGGCCGGCUGAGUACCUCCAGGGAAAAGUGUGGCUAAAUAUGGAAAAGUGGCUCCUGAUGGAUGAGAGGCCCGAAGCCAGCGCGCUCCUGAAGCACCCUAGGCCGAGAGCCUUGGCGUCCUGUUCGUUCAGGAUGACAGAAAGUGGAGGGAAACUGCAGUCUAGGCCAGGAACAAGUUGACUCGGACAUUCUACAAACGUUUACUGAGCUCCAACUAACGAACCAGCACUAUGCUGAAUGGUGGCCUUGGAAUACAACCGCCCAAAGAGAAAGGUCCUCUCCACCACCCCCAAAUUUUGUCUGCAAAAGUUGCCUUCGUGUUCAGAUGGGCUUUUAACCCCUGACACAGACACCCUGUGAGUAGUUCCACAGCCCGGGUCCCCAGAACACGGUGGCUUCCGCGGCCGAGAGCCCCUGGGCCCAUUCGCUGCAGCUCUGGAGGGAGAUCCCCCUCUCGAUAACGGGGCAUGGAGACCAACUGCCGCAAACUAGUGUCAGCGUGUGUGCAAUUAGGCGUGCAGCCGGCGGCCGUUGAAUGCCUCUUCUCCAAAGACUCCGAAAUCAAAAAGGUCGAGUUCACCGACUCUCCCGAGAGCCGGAAAGAGGCGGCCAGCGGCAAGCUCUUCCCGCGGCAGCAUCCUGGCGCCAAUGAGAAAGAGAAGAGCCAGCAGGGAAAGAAUGAGGAUGUGGGCGCCGAAGACCCGUCCAAGAAGAAGCGACAAAGGCGGCAGCGAACUCACUUCACCAGCCAGCAGCUGCAGGAACUGGAGGCCACUUUCCAGAGGAACCGCUACCCGGACAUGUCCACGCGCGAAGAAAUCGCCGUGUGGACCAACCUUACGGAAGCCCGAGUCCGGGUUUGGUUCAAGAAUCGCCGGGCCAAAUGGAGAAAGCGGGAGCGAAACCAGCAGGCUGAGCUGUGCAAGAAUGGCUUUGGGCCGCAGUUCAAUGGGCUUAUGCAGCCCUACGACGACAUGUACCCGGGCUAUUCGUACAACAACUGGGCCGCCAAGGGCCUCACGUCGGCCUCCCUGUCCACCAAGAGCUUCCCCUUCUUCAACUCCAUGAACGUCAACCCCCUGUCGUCGCAGAGCAUGUUCUCCCCGCCCAACUCCAUCUCGUCCAUGAGCAUGUCGUCCAGCAUGGUGCCCUCAGCGGUGACUGGCGUCCCGGGCUCCAGCCUCAACAGCCUGAAUAACUUGAACAACCUGAGCAGCCCGUCGCUGAAUUCUGCGGUGCCAACGCCCGCAUGUCCUUAUGCGCCGCCAACUCCUCCGUACGUUUAUAGGGACACGUGUAACUCGAGCCUGGCCAGCCUGAGACUGAAAGCAAAGCAGCACUCCAGCUUCGGCUACGCCAGCGUUCAGAACCCGGCGUCCAACCUGAGCGCUUGCCAGUACGCGGUGGACCGGCCCGUGUGAGCCGCGCCCAUGGCACCGGGAUCCUAGGACCGUGCGGGAUGGGGCUGCUGCCCUUGAAAGACUGGGAAUUACCUAGAAGGUCGUGGGCACUAAAGAAAGGGAGAGAAAGAAAAGCUAUAGAGAGGAAAGGAAACCACUGAAUUAAAGAGAGCGCUCCUUUGAUUUCAAAGGAAUUUCCUCAAUGUCUGACAUCUUUCACUAAAAGUAUUUCCAACAGUUGCAAGGACACACACAAAUGUUUGACUGGAUAUGACAUUUUAACAUUACUAUAAGCUUGUUAUUUUUUAAGUUUAGCAUUGUUAACAUUAAAAUGACUGAAAGGAUGUAUAUAUAUCGAAAUGUCAAAUUAAUUUUAUAAAAAGCAGUUGUUAGUAAUAUCACAACAGUGUUUUUAAAGGUUAGGCUUUAAAAUAAAGCAUGUUAUACAGAAGGGAUUAGGAUUUUUCGCUUGCGAGCAAAGGAAUGUAUAUACUAAAUGCCACACUGUAUGUUUCUAACAUAUUAUUAUUAUAAAAAAUGUGUGAAUAUCAGUUUUAGAAUAGUUUCUCUGGUGGAUGCAAUGAUGUUUCUGAAACCGCUAUGUACAACCUACCCUGUGUAUAACAUUUCGUACAAUAUUAUUGUUUUACUUUUCAGCAAAUAUGAAAAAAUGUGUUUUAUUUCAUGGGAGUAAAAUAUACUGCAUACAAAUUGG